ACCCUCCCCAAGUCUUUAUAAAAUUCCCUCAUACAUCCGCCUCGCUACACGUUGUAAACAAAACUGCUGCCGUCACUGAACGCCUGAACGCCUUCAAAUCUUUUGAAAUCUUUUUGGGAGAAAAAUUUUCCCUCUGCUUCAGGACAUUUUGAAACCUGCCAGCCGCGCAGCCCGUAGCCAUGGACGACAUCCAGGUUGUUGAAUCCAAACCUCUGCUGGUGGAUAGGGAGCUGCCUGGUCUGAGGGAGGCGGUGCAGCAGCUUGCUAUCAAGGAGCAUGACGUGGAGACGCCGUAUGGACGACUCCACUGCACCAUGCGGGGCAUUCCCAAAGGCGAGCGGCCCGUCAUCCUCACCUUUCACGACAUCGGGCUCAACCACAAGACGUGCUGGGACUCGCUGUUCCAGCAUGAGGACAUGCUGGAGAUCCUGCACCACUUUGCUGUGUGUCACGUGGAUGCGCUGGGGCAGCAUGAGGGCGCCAACACUUUUUCUACCGGCUACGAGUAUCCGUCCAUGGACGAGCUCUCUGAGACGCUCCCGUUGGUGCUGAAGCAUUUCGGGCUGAAGUCUGUUAUUGGAUUAGGGAUGGGAGCUGGAGCUUUCAUGCUGACCAAAUUUGCUCUGGAGUACCCGAAAAUGGUGGAAGGUUUGGUGCUGAUCAACAUCAACCCGUGCGCCGAGGGCUGGAUGGACUGGGCUGCGCACAAGAUUAGUGGCUGGACCCAUGCCUUGCCCGACCUGAUUAUCAGCCACCUCUUCGGAAAGGAGGAGAUCCACCACAACCAGGACUUGGUGGCCACAUACCGCCACCAUGUGAUGAGGGACAUGAACCAGUUCAACCUGCAGCUCUUCGUCAAGGCCUACGAAAGUCGGCGGGACCUGGAGAUCGAGAGGCCGGUGCCAGGAAGCAACACCAGAACCCUCAAGUGUCCUUCCCUUUUGGUGGUCGGGGACAGCUCGCCUGCCGUGGACGCCGUGGUGGAGUGCAACACCAAACUGGACCCCACAAAAGCGACCCUGCUUAAGAUGGCCGACUGUGGAGGCAUGCCCCAGAUUGACCAGCCCGCCAAGCUGACGGAGGCGUUUAAGUACUUCAUUCAGGGCAUGGGAUACAUGCCGUCAGCCAGUAUGACCCGCCUGGUGCGCUCUCGCACGGCCUCGGGUUCCAGCGUGACAUCCUUCGAGGGUUCCCGCUCGCGCUCACACACCCACGAGGGCAACCGCUCGCGCGCGCACACCAAUGAGGGCCCGCGCUCACGCUCACACACGGCCGAGCACCUGCGGGGUCACACCCCUGCCCCCGCCACCGACGCUGCCCCCGCCGUGGACCAGGGCAUGCUCAAGACCCCCGAAGUCUCCUGCUAAUCAAGUCGCAAUUAACUCCCUUUUUGUUUGCUGUACCUACCACUGUCAAAAAUUUUGUUGUUUUCAUCUAGAUUAAGAGGGUUGGACCUAAGAUUUUGGGUUUGGUGAUGAUGUAGCGUGUAGGGGCAUCGCUAGUGGCUGACAGAGCACAGAGGAAGCUUGUUGUGCAUCAUUAUUUGUCUCCGUUUUUAGUACCAAAAUGGACAAAUAUUCACAUACGAUCAGUUGACUUUUACAUAUUGUCCACAUGCAAAAAUCUCUUCAAAUAAUAAUCAGAUCAGAGAGCACGGCGCCAUCUGCUGGGUGGCACGACCGCUCCCUUCAGCUCUUGCUGCCCUCGUGGACCACGCCAUGCCAACGGCAACUUUUUAACAAGAUUUUUUUCAAACGUAUUAAGGAAGGUUGAACCAGUUGAGUCUGGAGAUGGGAUAGGUUGGAGGGGGUGGGGGUGAAGGAGAGCGCAGCGGAAGCUAGCUUUUUAAGCAUCAUUUUAGCUGAUCCUGUUUUUAUUUUGAUCAUACUGACAUGCAUUUUAUUUCCUUUCGCUUGAAAAACGUUUUGGAGAAAGACAAAAAUACGUUAAGGGACAUGAGUUGCUUUUUUGUAAUCCAUACCACCAAAUCGAAAAGCUUUAUUAACAACGCCGGCAGACAAAGUAUUAACUGUUUUUAUAAGGGUUUUUUUUUUUCAAUACAAUCAAGCACAAGGGAACAAAGCGUUGCCAUGUAGUCGUUGACAGUUCUGCGGCUUGUCAUUUUGUUGUCAUUAAUAACGGCGUCAUGCUCUGUCGCUCUGACUUGCACUACGUUGGCAAACGUUUGCUUUUGUAGGAGCUGUGUAAAGAUGCUGCUGCUCGAGCGGCAUAACAGUUUGUAUUUAUUAAGAAGAAAAAUACAUUAAAAAAUGACUGUGUAACUCA